GAUGAUGAAGACGAUGUCGGCAAGACGUGAGAAGGCUGGGAGACCAUCUCGAUGGAUGGUCAUAUCGUUGGAAUCCGCACUUCGACUAUUGAUGAGAAAUGCCAAGUGUUCGACACACUCAUUGUCUAUUGCGCGACACUUGGCGGCCGAUUUGCACCUUAUCUUGCCCAGAGUUUGGAGCUCUCCCUCUAUUACAGUGGGAUUGCCUCAUGGGGCUGGUUUCACAAUUACCAUUACGCACCACGGAUAUCUGAUUUAUGCGGCCUUGGCGACAUGUUGUUCGCAUUUGAGCUGGGUAAAUAUCUGCCUUUCAAACAACUGAUGGGCGUCCUCCCACCCGCAAGCAUGGAUCACAUUUCGUUAGCAUAUCAAGAUCUAAUGUACGACGCAAAUUCACCGAUAUUGGAUUUCUACCCCCUCAAAUUCGAGCAAGACCUAAAUGAGAAGAAGCAAGAAUGGGAAGCAAUUGUUAAGAUUCCCUUCAUUGAUGAGCAGCGGCUGUUACAAGCAAUGCAUUGUCCUGACGUCGAUGUCCUAGUGCACGUCCGUCCGCUAAAAGGUGCAUACUGGUAUUUUAUCAAUGUUCGUUUUUACACAUUCAUGCAGGGGGUCCGAGAUCUCGAGCCAGUUUCUCUCUUCUUGGACAACUCCACUGGCUCACGUCUCACGAUGCCGCCACGCUUGUUGGAGCGCGAGAAUUGA